UGCACCAUAAAAACCCUCUCUCUCUCUCUACAACUCCCUCAACUCCUCAUCCCCUUCUUCCCCCAUCACCGCCUGAAUCUCUCUGAAACUCUUAGCACCAUCUCUCUCUCUCUACAAUGGCCAGGAAGAAAUGUGCAUUGGCUACUAGAGCUUGGAGUAUGAUACGUUUGGCCUUGUGGGCUAGGAAAGGUGGCAUCUUCAAGAGGGGAUUCUUGGGGGGCCUCAAGUUCUUAAGCAGAGGCCCGCGCCACUCGGAAAUCACUUCUUAUCGCCAGUUCUCGUUCGGCGAUAGCCCAACUGUCCCAUUAAACCUUCCAAGAUCCAUCGUCAAGUUUCCAUGCAUGAACCCAUCCAUCACAUUGGACAAUGACUACAAUGAUGACUGCGAUACCGACAUCGACAGUGAUGGUGUCGAUGAUCGCUAUGGUGCUGGUUAUGAUCAUGACCAUGGUGAUGAUCAUUGCCAUCAGGGUUCAUAUUAUGAUGGUGAUGGUGAUGGUGAUGCGUCUGUUGAUUCAAAGGCAGAUGAGUUUAUUGAGAGGUUUUAUCAACAAAUGAGAUUGCAGCGCCAACUCUCAUGUUUAAAAUAUAAUGAGAUGCUUCAUAGAGGGGUUUCUUGAGGGAAUUUUCUCUCUUUUUUUUGUUGAUAAUUUUGUCAAUUAUAUUGUGCAUAUAUUAUUAUUAUUUUGGGAGGUGGUUGGGGGGUUGUUGGGAAAUUUUUGGCGAAUGUGGAUUGAUCAUGAUUAUAUUCUUUCA